AUGACGGUCCUCGGCUUUGGUGCGGCUCCUGGCGGUCAGGGCACUCGCGCCGCCUCGAGGCGUGAUAGCACGCGGUACAUCCCUCGUCGAGAUCGCUGUGGCACUUCGGUCCGAAAGGAUGAUAGUGGCGCAGACGUUCCAAAUAUGCCGGUGGGCACUAGUAGCAGCGGCGGCAGCACAACACUGGAGCGAUCGACGGAGAGCUUCCUUGACUCAUCCACCUUCACCGUGGCAAGGAGGCGAUUUGUGGCACUCGCCGCGCUGCUUGCCAUGCAGUCGGGUUCACAGGUGGUGCUGCAGCGGUACGAGGAACUACUCAAAAAUCAUGUUGUCAUCGUCCUAUUUUUGAGCAUGGUAGUCGGGGCUGGCGGAAAUGCGGGCAACCAGGCAGCAGUAUCCGUCAUCACCGCCCUUCUAGCCACCCGUGAGAACGGUGACGCGGCCCGCUCCUCCGAUGAUACCAUGGAGGAAGAAGCAUCGCGGCUGCGCACGCACGCGGAAAGAGAGCGGAUUAUCACGGCCUUCAUGCCGCAGUCCCCACGCACGUUGGUUGGGCGUUCCGUGUGGGUGCGCAUUGCAAGCCGCCUCGCGUGGAUGGUGAAACUGCCUAGGCUGUUGCUGUUGCUGCUGUGGCGCCGCUGGAGACGCUUGAGAACUGUUGGCGAGCGGACCGUUCGCCCAGCGAUCCUCCCCAUCGGCGCUGUGCUGUGUUACGAGGCGCUUGUAGGCCUCUGCUGUGGUUUCAUCCUGAUGGGCAUCGGGGCACUUCGGGUGGGGCUCUUCCUCUGGUUCGACGAUGACAAUGAGGGGGACCCACGACACAUGCAGAAUAGGCUGGUACAGGCGUCGUGGUCGCCAUGGGAGUGGAGCAGUAAUGCAGCACUUGUCGUUGCGCUCUCACUCUCACUCUUUCUGAUUGUGUUUCUCUCCGUGGUGAUUGGCGCAAUGCUGCCGUACGCGCUGAUCCACUUGAACGUGGACAUCGAGCACGCCGCCCCCAUCGUACAGGUGUUGAUGGACCUCUUGGGGACGUGGCUCUGCUGCGCAACUUGCAGUGCGUUUCUACCAUUCUAUGAGGGAACAAAGGGCGUGAAUGAAGGGAAUCGGAGGAGAGCCGCCGGACCUCUCCCCCAGUAA